ACUACAUGUUCCUUAUUUUUGGACUGCUCAUUUUCUGCUUUCUGUAUACAGGUAUAUCUCUUGAUAUAUGUCAACUUCCCAAAGAUGUAGGAUGGUGCAAAGCUUCGUUUCAGCAUUUUUAUUUCAAUGCAGCAACUGAGAAAUGUGAGUCAUUCAUUUACGGUGGAUGUGAAGGGAAUCAAAACAACUUCCCAACUUUGCAUCAAUGCAAAGCUAGAUGUGAAAAGUCUGCAUCUUCAAAGACAAAUGCAGCUAUAUGUAAACUUCGGCUUAAAAAAGGACCAUGCAAAUCUGUUUUAAUUCGUUUUUAUUUCAACAAAAGAACUGGGCGGUGUGAAUACUUCAUUUAUGGUGGAUGUAAAGGGAAUAAAAACAACUUCCUUACUUGGACUGAAUGCAUGAUGAAAUGUCAACAUUAUGGAAAUCUAUUUCCUGUUCUUAGUGAUAAGCCCUCUUGAGAGAUGGUGUUGAUUCAGCAGCUGAGGAAGGAAUCCAAACUUCCACGGACUCUCCCACAGAAACACUUUCC